AUGGCGCGUAAGCAGCUCGUCCGUGAGCAUAAGCUCUGCUCAAACUGCCUUGGCCGGCAUCAAUCUUCCGAGUGCUCUUCGAAGAAGACGUGUACAGCGUGUGGCAGUCGACAUCACUCCUCGCUUCACGAUGCAUUCCGGGAAGCCGAGGCCGCCACGACGUUUCACGUGGCUCAAGGCGCAGACUCUUCCUCCGCAACGGUGCUGCUCGCUACGGCUAGGGUCCGCGUCCUCGACUGCCACGGAAGCUGGCAGUCCGCUCGCGCUCUGAUCGACCAGGGCUCCGAAUCCUCCAUCAUUUCGGAGCGAUUAGCGCAGCGCUUACGACUCCCUAGAAGAGCAGCCGCCGUUAGUGUCUAUGGAGUCGGAGAGAAAAGGACCGGAGUGACAAAGGGGAGAAUGAGACUCACCCUGCAGUCGUGCAGAGGGGAAUCGCCCACCUUCGUCAACGCUUUAGUGCUGCCGAAGUUGACGCUGUUUUCCGGAGGAUGCCGCAGCAGUAGACGAACCUGGACCCAUCUGGAGGACCUGGAGCUCGCCGAUCCGGAAUUCUGCUCCUCGGACCCCGUCGACAUCCUACUGGAAGCCGACGUAUAUGGGACCAUCAUCCGUCAGGGUCUACGAAAAGGAGGUUCUAAGGAUCCAGUAGCUCAACAAACCUCGUUGGGCUGGAUUCUCUCAGGUACAGUUAGCUCGACGGCGCCCAGCCAACACAUCUCCGCUCAUCACUGCCAAAUCGAGGAGGACAUCACCUGCUUGGUGCGGCGGUUCUGGGAGCAGGAGGAAGUCCACCGGCCAUCUCCGACCCUCACCAAGGCGGAACUAGAGUGCGAGGAGCACUACCGCCGUCAUCACUCGCGCUCUCCUGACGGCAGGUACAUAGUGCGGCUGCCAACGAUCGAGUCUCUCCCGGAUCUGUCUGGGACUCGUCGCGCCGCCAGUCGUGCUCUGCAACAGACGGAGAAAAGGUUAGAGAAAGAUGCCGACUUUAAGGACAUGUACGUAGAGUUCAUGCAAAAGUACAAGGAACUGCGACAUAUGAUGCUUGCACCAGCGCCAGCUGAGCCACAACGAGGUACCUGUUACCUGCCGCAUCACGGGGUCCUGCGUCCGGACAGCACUUCCACUAAGCUGAGGGUCGUGUUCAACGGCUCGAGCUCCUUGCCGAACGGGGACUCUCUCAACCAAUUUCUUCUGACUGGACCGAAUCUGCUUCCUGCGCUGGCUGACAUCCUGCUGCAUCCUAGUGCAUCCGGACGAUCGAAGCCUGCAGCGAAUCCUGUGGAGAGACGACUCUAA